AAAAAAAAAAAAUUUUGAUUAUUCAUAAUGAUGUAAGCUUGGUGAUAUUUACCGUAGUGAAACUUGGAAGUAGAGUUGAAUGACAAAGUGAAGAUGUGUAGAAUAAUUAUAUACGGUUUCCUAAUUUUAUUGAAUGUGUUACAAAUUCUAUCUCAGAGAGAAAUUGGAAAAUCUUGUGCAAAUGAAAACGAUUCUGAUGGAAGAUGUACACUGGUAACCAACUGUGAGCCUGCAAUGAGAGAAAUAGAUUCCCAUCGCACACACAGAUUUACUAGAUGCGGGUUCAAGGGUGCAGAUGAGAUUGUCUGUUGUCCAAUAGAAACAACUAUAAAUAAAAAUGGUCACUUCGAAGGGAAUAGAUUUGCAAAUAAAGAUGACACAAAAAGGAAAUCCAUUAGAAUUGCAGAUAAAGAAUGUGCAAACAUUAUCAAAAUAACAUUGCUACCGCUAACGACUCAUAUUAUCGGCGGUGAAGAAGCAGCUAAUGGGGAGUUCCCUCAUAUGGCAGCUUUGGGUUACGAUAAAGGCAAUGGUUACGAAUUUUUGUGUGGCGGAUCGCUGGUUUCCAAGCAUUAUAUUAUAACAGCUGCACACUGCAUUGAAACCUUAGACGAUGUGAAGCCGACUAUAGCGCGUUUGGGAGUUUUAAACAUAACAAGCACCACUUUCAAUACGGAGACUGAUGUAAAAAUAGCGGAUUGGUUAUUCCCUUCGAAUUAUACGCGGAAGUAUAAAUAUCACGACUUAGCGAUACUAAGAUUGAAAACACCUGUAACAUUUACACAGGACGUGAGUCCAAUUUGUCUGUACACGAAAAACACAGAGCCAACCACACCCCUCACUGUAACUGGUUGGGGCAGGAUUAGUAAGAUUAAUAACAAAGUGAGUGAUGUCCUAUUGAAGGCAAAUGUGUCGAUGAUGCCACAUAGUAAAUGCUCGGAAACGUACGUUAAAUCCCGAAGGCUUCCUCAGGGCAUCGUGCAGGAUCAGCAGCUAUGCGUGGGUGAUAGUCAGCAACAGCACGAUACCUGCACCGGGGACUCGGGCGGCCCGCUGCAGGGCAUGACAGACCACGACGGUUUCUACCGGCUUGUGGGCGUGACGUCAUUCGGGCGAGGGUGUGCGUCGAAAGACCCGGCCAUCUACACCCGCAUAUACCACUACUUGGACUGGAUUGUGAGUGUGGUCUGGCCGCAGUCCACCGAAUAAUAUCAUUAUCUCAUCAAACUUACUUGAAUAAUUGAAUUCAUCGUAGCGCAUAAUAACAAUGUUUGAUUUUUAUUAUAUUUUUUAUUGAUCUGAACGUAAUGAAUGUUUAUCGCAUGGUAUUAACGGCUAUAUCAUAGCACGAAUCUAUCAUAAAUCACGUUUUUUGUUUACAAUAACCAAGCUUGUUUAUGUAGUAACCUGUAACAUAAACGGCAUAAUGAUACCUCGGCUAAUGUAAACACAAGUGGCUAUAGCAUCUCAAGUGGCCGCGCCGGGUUUGGCGCCGAAACAGCUGAGAGGGUGGCGUCUGCGGUCGCGUGGGACGUGAGAGCAUAGCUUAGGUUAAUCGAGAACAUGCUAAUACUAAAAAAAAAAUUGUGAAUUUAGAUUAAGUUUUUGGUGGUGACGCCCUUUUUACUAUGCGACGGACGCUCAGUUGCUGUCUGUAUUUAUUUCCAUUUGUAACGUUCUAGACUCUAGAGCAGGGGUGCUCAAACGGUCGAUCGCUGAGUGCUUUUUGAGUCGGUCUUAAGAAAAAAAAUCCGAUAAAGAACUAUUCACAGAUUGAAAUCGGUAAUUACGUACCAUCUUAAAAUGCAGUACCAUACCAUCAAAGUAUGCUAGUGUCAUGCAGAUUCAACAAAGUCACUCACGUUUGUUUUGUAAGAAACAAUAAACUUGCAAUUUUGAAUAAUUAUGAGUUUUUUCAUUGACAUUUUAGAGCAGACCUACACUUGUUGUGCGCAAAACUAAUAUCUAUGUCAUCGUGACACUCUACCUAGACGACAAUCCUUCAUCACACAUACUUUAACGGCUGUUUUCAAUAACCUAUCAAUCCUUAGUUUAACUUACUAGAGGUAGACAAAUCUAUCCUUUUACGCUUACUUACAUUUCAAUAACCUAUCGACAUAUAUAAAUAUCGAUCUAUUGGACAUAACUAUAUAGAUAAGAUCUUGUCAUUAAAUUGUGACAGCAAUGUAUCCGUAACUAGAGAUACGUUAUUGAAAACGGUCGUUAGUCUCUCAGAGUCGAUCGAUCGCAGUCUAGCUAUUUUCAGGUAGAUCGCCAGCAGUUCAAGCUUGAGCACCCCUGCUCUAGACUAUCUCUUGCUGUCACAUUGUUAUUUUCUCUUCAUUCAUUGAAGUUUCUUUCUCAUGUAGGCCUUAAGGCGACACACUCAUUAUAAUUACAUAAGUGAAGUUCUAACAGUGCCAAAGUACUAAUACUAUUUUGUAUUCCGUUUAACCUAUAAUCUCCGAUAUUAGAGAUCUGUGUAUCUUAUUGGAUGCAUCAAGACAUCUAAGAUCGAUUUAAAAAAAAAUGUUGAGAAUCAUUGAAGGUAGCACUAAUAUGUCGCUCAGUGAUGUAACUAUUUGGACUUCACUGAAGAAACGCACAAAAUGGCCGUAGUUUCUACUAAUUCUUGCAUGUAUUUAAAAAAUUACGUUAUCUUAUUGUUCUUUCUUUAAUUUUUUCAACCAAUAUGUACCUCUGUCGAUAUGUAAAAGUUUAUUUAUUAAGUAUUUUCAUUAUAACAAUGGUUACUUUUAAAUCAACGCCUUUUUACAUAAUAACGCCAACCGCUUAAUACCUAAACAUAUUUUAACUAUCUGUCAAGGUAAAGUGACAUUUGACAGAAAGAUAAAGUUUAUUUUAUUUCUUUUUAAUUUCAUCGAUAGCUAAAUAGUUUUAAUAAACGGAUGGUGCUAUAAUGAAUAAGACUGAGAGCCUGGGUUGCAACAUAAUACAAGCUGAUAAACUUUAAGUUUAAGUCAAAUUUAACGUUAACAGUAAAACUGACUUUAACGUAGACUGCGUAAUGUGUUGCACCAUCGUAUUUCUUGGCAUACUUUAAGUUCAAAAGUGAAAAACCAAUUGACAGGUCGCUACUUAGCCAUUUAACAUUAACAAUAGCUUUAAUCGGCGGAAAUUGAACGGUUACGAUUAACACUUAAAGUUAUGACGUCAUCUAAAAGUUUUCAAAUGGUGCAACUCAAUCUUUUGCUUAACCGGUACUUUAACAUGUUUGUUAUUGCUAAAGUUAUUUAGUGCAACCCAGCCUAAGUCUUCAAGUUUUGUACUUUAUUUUAUACACAUUUAAAUAAAACACUUUUUAAGUAUUAAUUCGCGUGUAAUUGUAACUGUGUUUUUAGAUAAGAUUUUUGCCUAAAAGUUACAUUUUUAUUAUUAUUUUAGUGAACCUGACGUUUCAAAACCUUUCCAGAUCAUGUUUUCAGAGUACAGUCCUCCUGAAAUGUAACUAAACUCCUAUAAUCCUUUAAAAGUGUUUUAUUUAAAUCUUCAAGUUUUGUUAAAUUAACAUAGAUAGUUUUUCCUGCUUAUUUGUUUGCGGUAUAUUCCUUUGGUAUACCUACCCACAAAAUAUAGUGUUAAGAAUUAUAAUGUUUGAUAAUUAUGUCUAAAUUUUAAUAAUUUUGAAAUGUCUAUAUUCUGUGAUAAUAACUGCGGAACUAUAAUUGCCAUGCUGAUGUGAUAUAAACGAAUACAAUAAAUAUUUAAGGGAAUCUUUGUACCUAAUGUACACAAUCGUUUUUAUAUGUAGUAUAGUAAAAUAAAAUGAAAAAUUUAUAGACCUCUAGAAUGGACUGAAUACCUCACUAAACGAACUACAGCUUUGUAAGGAAACUUAGCUAUGGUUUCAAUAUUUGCCCUUUUUCUUUAACAUGCAGCAAAAGCGUAGUGGAUCUACUUUACGGUAUACUUAAGAUGUCGCUUUCAUAUCGAGACAAUUUUUUAUUUUUAAUUGAUUCCUGGAAUUGAGAUAGACCACUAAAAAUAACAAAUUCUUUAAGCCGUGGACUGACUAGGAUUGUAAACGCUACAGUAAUUGUGUUGAUCAUGUGACUAAGCUGCAAAUGGGCAUUUAUUUUACUGGUUUUCUUUUAGUCAUUCAAAAUUUUUGUUCGGUUUAAGUUUUAGAAAAGUACUAAUUCUAUUAAAUUCUCUAAAAAUAGAAUGUUGUUAUCAUUGAAAAUUCAGAGUUUUUGAUUCCAAAGUUUAUUUUUGAGAAGCAACUUCCAAACUUAUUAUUGGAUAUAUCAAAUUAUACAUAAAUAUUUUAUUCGGUUUAAAAUUUUCUUUAAGUCCUUAUUUGUCCAUUGUAUUUUUUGCGUCGGAAUAUUUUCAUUGCGUUAUGUUGCAAUCGACUCUCUAGGAAACCAAUUUUUGUGGAUAUUGAGGUCAUACCUUGAGUGUUCCCGUUAUUAGCACGGAAUGUCUUAAUAAUAUUGCUGUAUGUUAUAAUUAGAUGUUUUGCGUAAUAUAAUAAGACCUAACGGCAUAUUUUGAAACUGUGCUUUAGUACAAGUUUCUAAUCUAUAUAUAUAUAAUAUAAAAAUAAUAUUGACACACUUUUACACAAAUUAUCUUGCCUCGAACUAGGCAUAGCCUGUACUAUGGCUACAAGACAACGAUAUAUUUAAACAAUAUACUUACUUAAAUGUACAUAAAACAUAUAAACAUCCAUGAUUCGGAAACAAACAUCCGUAUUUAUCAUAAUUGGUUGCACUUACGUUAGAUGUAAUUUAUGUGUGAUGAUACGACAUAUUAGUUGGUACAUAAUUUGAUGGCUUAACUUUACACAGUUCUGCCAACUACUGUCCUAUACUACGCCACAAGUUAGGAUAUCAUCCCCACCAUCUUGAUGUGUGGUGGUCCGGCACAGUGCAGUUUUCAAGGAGCUUUCUUCCAAGUACUACAAAGUGGAAUGCGCUUCCUUGUGUGGUGUUUCCGGGACGAUACGAAAUGGGUACCUUCAAAAUAAGCACGUUCUCCUUCCUUAAAGGCCGGCAACGCUCCUGUGAUUGCUCUGGUGUUCCAAGAGAUUGUGGGCGGCGGUGAUCACUUAACACCAGGUGACCCGUGCGCUCGUUUGUCCUCUUAUUCCAUAAAAAAAAUACUAUAGUUUAUACAGCUAGAUGGGGCGUUUGGUCCAUUCUAUGUCAAAAAUGUCACUGGGUUGCGACUUAUGUACUCCGUGUUCAACUUCUCCACAUAGUUUUACAUUUUAACUAGUCAGAAUCUCACUUUGAUAAUUAUAUUUUUGAAUAAAACGCGUUGUUUACAUUUU